CUAGUAUUACACAGACCGGAACGAUCACCGAAACUCAGGCUCCGCUCUGGACCCCGUAUCUACAAAACAGACAGGACAAUUUGAGUUAGUGCGCAGGCGCUGUACAAGGCACGUCCGAAGCCCAGCCUGUCAACAGUUUUACAAACAUGGGCGUGGUCAUCAACCACAGUUUCUACCUCGCCUCAAGACUGCACGACAUGAAAAGGGCGGGAGAACUGUGUGACGUCACGCUGGUGGUGGAUGAACAUGAACUUCCCGCCCACAGAGCGGUCCUCUCCGCCUGCAGCGAUUACUUCAAGGCCAUGUUCACGUCCGGGAUGCGGGAGUCUCGGUCCGACUCAAAAAUCGUCAUCAAGGAAGUCGCUUUCCAAGCCGUAAACCAACUAGUUGAGUACGCCUACACGGGCGAGUUGGUUGUAACCAAAGAAAGUGUCUCAGAACUCGCCCGCGCAGCUUCACUCUUACUCAUGGACGAACCUUUAGAAAUCUGCCAAGCAAAACUCGAAGAAUGCGUCGACUUUGACAACUGCCACGACCUUCUCAACUUCGCGCAAAGCUAUAAUUUAAGGAAGCUGGAGGCUGCUGUGUUUGCCUUCAUGGGGACAAACUUCCUCCAGGUAACAGGAACAGACCCGUUCCUCCACAUGGAUGUCGAGACGCUCUGCAAACUUCUGCAAAGUGACGGACUUAGAGUGAGCGGGGAAGAGGAAGUCCUCAACGCCGCCAAACUGUGGUUGAGACACGACUCCACACGUAGUAAAGACCAGGGACGUGUUUUGGAGCACGUGCGCUUUCCUUUGAUGACGCUAGAAGAACUUUCGCACCACGUAAAGAGAGAUUCCUUUCUGACGGAGAACAGCCAGGUGAAGGACUGUUUGUUAGAAGCGCUGUGGUUUCACCUGUCGCCGCUCGAGCAGAGCGUGGUGGAGGGGCCCAGAACCAGGGUGCGCGCGCCGGGGGAGAACUUGGUGGUUAUUGGAGGACGUAAGAAAGAAGGUGACACACUGCUGGACCAGGUGCGCUUCUAUGACGAGAGAACGCGGGGGUGGAAGGAGGUAGCGCGCAUGCCCAAAGAAACAUGUCAGCACAGGGCCGUCGUACUGAAUGACUUUGUGUACGUCGUUGGGGGACUGACCGAAGCCAACAGAGCAUCAGCGAGCGACGCCUGCUACAGAUACGACCCUCGGACCAACUCAUGGCUGCAGGUGGCGUCCAUGCAGGUGAGACGGACGUGCUUCGCGUUCCUGGAGUCGGGAGGACGUCUGUACGUCAUCGGCGGGACUGAUGGAGACAAGUCACUGGACUCCGCGGAGGUGUACGAUCCGCGGAGCAACGAGUGGAGAUACGUGGCGAGUUUCCCUGGCCAUGUGUACGGGCACGCUGGGACGACUCUGCCGGACGGGCGGCUGUGUGUGACGGGCGGGUUCGCCAGGAACAGGUACCAGCGCUGGACCUACACGUACGACGUGCGACAGGACGCGUGGGUCAGGGAAACGGACAUGCACACCAGGAGGGGAUGGCAUGUCAUGCAGACACUCGGUGACGCAGUUUUCGUCCUGGGCGGCUGCCACCUCCGUCCGGACGGAUCCCGCACGAUGCACCUCCCCACCGAGCGGCUGGACCUCGCCUCUCGGCAGUGGAGCGCCCUCUCCCCGCCGCCCUUCACCGUGGGCGUCGGUCGCGUCACCGUACUCCACGGGAAAAUCUACGUGCUACGCAAGGCGGAGGAGGACUUUCAUGCUCUCGUGUGGUACGACGUCAACACCGACAAGUGGGGGUCCGACCGAGACAUACCGGACAGGCUGUCUGGGUCUACCAUAUGCACGCUCAAAAUACCGUGGAACUUGCGCUAAGAAAACGAAAACAAGCACCAGCUCUGUGACUUCAAACUUCCGGAAGUACAAAUGUAACGUUAUGUAUUACUUACUUACUGCCUUAAAUAGCAACAACGAUUCUCCGGUUCCUUCUGCCGUACAUAAAUGUGUGUGUGUGUAAAUGUAUAUAUAGUGUGCGUAAAUCAAUUACAAGGUGUAUAGAAUGGAUUAAUACUCGCACGCUUGUAUGACUUUGACCAUAACCUAGGCACAGGGCACACUGUCAAUCAACUGAAAUGCAAUCUCCACCCACUCACUUCCAUAUGCUUCAAGAUCAAAACUAUUGAGUCAUUAUAUUGUGUAUAAUAUAUAUUCUGCGACAGUGAUGAAAGUGUGGAUACUUAUCAGUUAUGUUUCAAACUUAGUAAAGAAGUAAUCGGUGCAAAAACUAAGUGAAGAAGUAA